AUGCGGCAAUCGAUUGCUCUCGCGGCGGCAUAUGUCGCAAGUGGUGCUCUGGGUGCACGCGUCUUUAUUAAUGAGCCCGACACGGGUCUUCUCGACAAGAUUGGCGCCGACUUUCCUACCGGACAGUUGCCCAACUUGACUGACAUGGUUGGGCUCCCCGACUUUGAGUGGGCGGCGAGGAACUAUCUGCCCAUUGUCAAUUACACCUACUACCGAAACGGCGCUGCCGGCGAGUGGUCGUACCGGAAUAAUCUCGAGGCAUACAACCGGUAUCGAUUCAAGCCAAGAAUGAUGGUGGAUAUCACUGGCAUCAAGAGCACGUUUCAGACCACUAUCCUGGGCUACAAUUUCUCAGCUCCCUUUUACAUCUGCCCAUGCGCCAAAGGCGAGUAUGGAAACCCAAAUGCCGAGCUCGGCUUGGUCAAGGGCGCGGGAACUGGUGAGAUUCUGUACAUUCCAUCUCGCUACUCUAGCAUGACCAUGGAGGAGAUUGCAGCCGAGGCCGCACCAGGCCAGACCCUUUUUGCUCAGCUCAAGCUCAGCAACGACGAUGACAAGAACCAGAAGCUUUUCGACCGUGCCGAGGCUGCAGGAUACAAGGCCAUUGUAUGGACCAUUGACGCACCCGGUGGAUCGAGUCGCCAGCGUGCUCAGCGCUUUGACGUUGGCGCCGACGAGGACUUUGUCCGACAGACCUGGGACGACCUCGACAAGUACCGCAACAUGACGUCGCUGCCGAUUGGCAUCAAGGGCAUCCUGACGGCGGCCGACGCGCGCAUCGCCGUCGAGCGCGGCGUGCCCCUGAUUGUGCUGUCCAACCACGGCGGGCGCAACCUCGACGGCUCCCCCUCGCCGCUCGAGGUGGCCCUGGAGAUUUACCAGACGGACCCGACCCUCUUUGACCAGGCCGAGUUCCUCGCCGACGGCGGCGUGCGCUACGGCACCGACGCGCUCAAGCUCCUCUCCCUCGGCGUCAAGGCCGUGGGCAUCGGGCGGCCGUUUAUGUACUCGAAUGUCUAUGGACAGCCCGGCGUCGAAAAGGUCAUCAACAUUAUGAAGACCGAGAUGGCCGGCGAUGGAGCCAAUAUUGGUCUUGACAGCCUCAAGUCCAUUACUCCAGACUAUGUCAACUGGAAUCCAAACUAUUGGUAUUCUUAG